UAUUGUUCUCUUGUAUAACAUUUUGUCGUCGAAUUGUCUGACUGUCCAAAAUGGCAGCGCUUUUAGGACUGCGUGCUUGCGUCUCUGCUCUUCAUUUGUCCUCACCUAGCCUGGUGCAGAGCUCAUUUAAAUUAUGUGCUCUGCCUCUGAGUCGGCGGACCUUUGCUGCAGAAGCAAAGAAAUCUUACAGCAGAGAAAAGCCCCAUGUCAAUGUCGGAACCAUUGGACAUGUUGACCAUGGCAAGACUACCCUAACUGCAGCCAUCACUAAGGUGCUCGCUGAUGCUGGUGGUGCCAACUUUAAAAAGUAUGAGGAAAUCGACAACGCCCCUGAAGAGAAGGCUCGAGGAAUCACCAUCAACGCCUCUCAUGUUGAAUAUACCACAGCCAACAGACAUUACGCUCACACGGACUGCCCCGGUCAUGCUGACUAUGUUAAGAACAUGAUCACAGGCACCUCUCAGAUGGACGGUUGCAUCCUGGUGGUGGCGGCCACUGACGGCCAGAUGCCCCAAACGCGCGAGCACUUACUGCUGGCGAGGCAGAUUGGCGUAGAGCACGUGGUGGUGUUCAUCAACAAGGCGGACGCCGUGGAUGACAAGGAGAUGCUGGAGCUGGUGGAGAUUGAGAUCCGUGAGCUUCUCACGGAGUUCGGCUACGACGGCGACAACACGCCCGUUGUGAUUGGCUCUGCCCUUUGUGCCCUGGAGGGAAGGCAGCCGGAGCUUGGCAUAAAUGCAGUUCUGAACCUUCUGGAGAUUGUGGAUUCUUAUGUACCGUUGCCCAAAAGAGAACUGGAAAAGCCUUUCCUUUUUCCCAUCGAAAGUGUUUAUUCAAUUCCAGGCAGGGGCACAGUAGUUACUGGCACCAUGGAGAGGGGCAUCAUCAAGAAAGGGGAUGAGUGUGAGUUUGUGGGUCACAAUCGCAGCUCCAAAUCUGUGGUUACAGAUAUCGAGAUGUUCCAUAAGUCUCUGGAUCGGGCUGAGGCUGGGGACAACAUGGGUGCUCUGGUCAGAGGCCUGAAGCGGGAGGAUGUGAGGAGAGGGAUGGUGAUGUGCAAGCCGGGAUCUAUCAAGCCUCACCAAAAAGUCCAGGCUCAGGUCUACAUUCUAAGCAAGGAGGAGGGAGGACGACACAAACCGUUUGUUUCCAAUUUCAUACCAGUAAUGUUCUCCCUAACGUGGGACAUGGCCUGCAAAGUCACUCUGUCUUCUGACAAGGAAAUGGUGAUGCCGGGGGAGGACACGUCCUUGAUCCUCACACUGCGACAACCAAUGGUCCUUGAAAAAGGUCAGAGGUUCACUCUCCGAGAUGGCAACAAAACCAUCGGCACCGGCCUGGUGACAGACAUCCUGACGACGACAGAGGAAGAUCAGUGGGUUUAGUAGGGUUAGGGUGUCAGGAUAGGGCGGGGUAACGGGGCAGGGGUUUGAAGACAGGAAGUUGGCCUAAAUGAAUACUGUAAUCCUACAAAUUUACAAAUACACAGGAUACACAUAGCAUCAUCCCAUAUGUCGCAAUACUCCAGUCAACCAAAAUAUUUGUAAAGUUAAGCCACUGUGGUUGUAGUGAACAGCCAGUCUGCUUCUGUCAUUUAUGUAAUAAAAUGUAUUUAAUAAUUUUGUUUUUAUUUUUUCUUCCUCCUACAUAUUCGCCAAUGUUCAUGUGAAACUGGAAUACAGCAUGUGACUCUACUAACAUAACACAUGAGGGCAGUCUUUUGAUAAUUGAUAAUUGUAGUCGGUCUCCGGAAGGAUUGAUUCCUUUUAGUUUUUUUUCUUUGCAGGUUUCUCAGUUUGACAAUGUCCUACUAAUAAAGAUAUCAACACAAAUCUGUACCAAAAAAGUUUGUUAAAUAAGCAGACACUAAUGAAUAUAAAACAUUUUUCAUACUAAUGCAACUGACAACGCAUAAAACGAAACAUUGAAUUCCAACUGUCAAAUGACCCAGAUGUUGACACAUUCUAAAUGC